CGUGUUACUACGCAGUCAAACAGAAAGUGCAACUCGAGGCGACAAGUUCGCGCAACUUUCUAAGGCAAUUAUCGAACGAAUUUAUACGAAACGAUCGAUUCUUAUUCUCCUAAACGAAAGACCGAUUAUACCGACAUGGCACUGGUAACAAGAGACCUUUUCCGUAACUGGUGGGAAGACAUGGACCGUUACCACCGUGAAUUGGAAGAACACUUCAAACGUCUCAGCACCAGAGACGAUCUCUGGCCAUCACCACCACCGAUGCCUUCCUUCCACGAAUUCUUCCGUCCGUGGAAGAAUAUGAUGGAACAACUAGAACAACAAGUUGGAGGUACGACCACCGUCGAGCGUGAUCAAAAUAAAUAUCAAGUUAUCGUCGACGUGCAACAAUUUGCACCAGAAGAAAUCACAGUUCGUACCGACGAUAAAUGCAUCACCAUCGAGGGUAAACACGAAGAGAAGAAAGACGAGCAUGGUUAUGUAUCCAGACAUUUCGUGCGUCGAUACGUCUUACCAAAGGGCUACGAUAUGGGUCACGUGAAACCUAGCUUGUCAUCGGACGGUGUCCUUACCAUCACAGCUCCACGGCUUGCCAUGCCAGCACCGGGAGAAAGAAUCAUACCAAUCGAGCGAAGCAAUUUGCCAGCGAUCAAAAGUGCAUAAUUUACAAACGACCCGUCAUUUCUCCUUUAGCCGGUACAGGAAAUAAUCUUGUGC